UGUCACUGUCCGUUUCAUCACUGUCAAUGAAAAAUACAAAAGUUCAGUCAUCAAUAAUAUUUUGAAAUAUAUCAGUGUAAUACAUUCAUUUCAAGCCCCAAAAAUAUCUCAAAAAUGUCGGAUAAUGACGACGAUUAUAUGUGCGAGGAAGAAGAAGACUACGGUUUGGAGUAUUCAGAAGACAGUAAUUCCGAACCUGAUGUUGAUCUCGAGAACCAAUACUACAACAGUAAAGCGCUCAAAGAGGAUGAACCAAAAGCAGCCCUCGUCAGCUUCCAGAAGGUUCUGGAACUGGAAGGUGGAGAUAAAGGAGAAUGGGGCUUUAAAGCUCUUAAGCAAAUGAUUAAAAUUAAUUUUAAGUUGGGUAAUUUCACGGAAAUGAUGACUCGUUACAAGCAACUCCUCACAUAUAUCAAAAGUGCAGUGACACGGAAUCAUUCAGAAAAAUCAAUAAAUUCUAUACUAGACUAUAUAUCUACAUCUAGAAAUAUGGAGUUACUACAAGACUUCUACGAGACAACAUUAGAGGCGCUAAAGGAUGCAAAGAAUGACAGGCUAUGGUUCAAGACAAAUACAAAGCUGGGCAAGUUGUACUACGACCGGGGAGAUUUCAAUAAACUGGCUAAAAUAUUGAAACAGUUGCAUCAGAGUUGUCAGACUGAUGAGGGUGAAGAUGACCUAAAGAAGGGUACUCAGCUGCUGGAGAUCUACGCGCUGGAGAUCCAGAUGUACACAGCACAAAAGAACAACAAGAAACUGAAGGCUCUCUAUGAACAGUCCCUGCACAUCAAGUCUGCUAUCCCGCAUCCCCUCAUCAUGGGCGUCAUUAGAGAGUGUGGAGGCAAAAUGCACCUCCGCGAAGGCGAGUUUGAAAAAGCUCAUACAGACUUCUUUGAGGCAUUCAAGAACUACGAUGAGUCCGGUAGCCCGAGACGUACUACUUGUCUCAAGUAUCUCGUGUUGGCCAAUAUGCUUAUGAAAUCCGGUAUAAAUCCUUUCGACUCACAAGAAGCCAAGCCAUACAAGAACGACCCAGAGAUUCUCGCGAUGACAAACCUCGUGAUGGCGUACCAGAACAAUGACAUCAACGACUUUGAAUCCAUACUCAAACACAACAGGAACAACAUAAUGGACGAUCCAUUCAUUCGGGAACAUAUUGAAGAUUUACUGAGGAACAUUCGCACUCAAGUCCUCAUCAAACUAAUCGGUCCAUACACCAGGAUACAUAUACCUUUUAUAUCCAAGGAGCUCAAUAUUGAUGAGAAAGAGGUCGAGAAUUUAUUGGUCACGUGUAUUUUAGACAACACGAUCAGCGGACGUAUCGACCAGGUGAACGCGGUGCUGGAGCUGGCGAGCGGCGCGCGGGGAGCGGCGCGGUACUCCGCCCUCGACAAGUGGACCGCGCAGCUCUCCUCGCUGCACCACGCACUCGCCAACAAGAUGGCAUGAUCACCCACCACUCACACUCACACGCCUACUCCCCCCCCAUCCCCCCCCACACAGCAUAUGCUAUCAAUGACAUCCGUGAUUAUUUAAUCAGCAAAUAUGAUGUUUCCAAUCUCUAUGCAACCGGCUACAAAUAUGAAAAUUCUAUAUCCAGCUCCAUAGUAUCUCUACAGUUGUACUUCUGUUUUGUAUAUGUUCUUAAUGUAUGUUACAUUCAUCAGCUGAUCGAUAGAUUGCUUUUCGUCAGCUGAUUAGAAAUAUUGGUAAUGCUCUCGGAACUUACACAAAGUUAUUACUAGUAUAUUUCUUAUCAAAUAUCUCUCAAAUUGUAUUCUGUGGAGAUUUGCAAGAAGUGAAGAGCCGCCAAGAUAUCUGAAUACUACUAUACUAAUCUAGAAAUAUUCUUAAUCAUUGCAAAUGUGUUUUUUCCAUAAUAUUACGUGAAUAGUAAAAAUGCUGAAGGAUAUUCUAUAACUUAAUGUAAAUUGCUUUUUAUUAAACUAGUUAUAUUGGUAUCAAAUUGUAUUCAACAAUAUGUGUAUGACAAAAAAUAUAUAUAUUUUCUGUUUGUUAAAAAAUACUUUAGAAAAAAAACACAGAUAUGUUUGUAGAUUCAUAAAUGAUUAAAUACUGAUCUUCAAAUAGCAUCCGUAUGUAAAUAAAUCGAAUGUUUGAAAAAAAAAACUUUGUAACUGUAAAUUUCAAUUGUCGUCUCACUUGUAUAAUUACAUAUUGCCGUCUCUGUCUUACUUAAAGAGAAAGACAGGGAUGGAAAUAUAUAUUACAAGUAACAAUGCAGUAGAAACAAUGGUAAAGAAAUAAAUUACUCAUGAAGAUAAGAAAAUCUAAAUAAAUUGUAAUUAAUGCUCUAAUUGAGCUUACGUACACUUUUGAUAUGUUACUGCUUUUUUUAUCUUUUGACUGCGAAGUACGAUGUAGUCGGAAUAACAUAUAAACUUGUGUUUUUAUCAAAAAAAAAGUCCAGUGCCGAAUAAAACGCAUAUGCCAUCA